AUGAGGCAGGACGAGAGCUAUUGGCCAUUGAUGCCUCCUUUACCAUCAUAUGGUUAUGGAAGAGAACGGCCGGGACCACGUUAUGGAAGCUUGAUCCAUGGCCAAAACCUCAGAGAUGUUGUUAUAACCGGACAUAACGGCACGAUCAACGGACAAGGUCAGGCAUGGUGGACCAAGCACAAGAAUAAUCUUCUGAACCACACAAGGGGUCCACUCGUGCAGCUCAUGUGGUCUAGAGACAUUCAUAUAUCUCAUAUAUCAUUUCGUGAUUCCCCUUUCUGGACCCUUCAUCCUUACGACUGCCAGAAUGUCACUAUCAGAAAUGUGACCAUAUUGGCUCCGCUGUCUGGUGCCCCAAACACCGAUGGAAUCGAUCCUGAUUCAUGCGAAAAUAUGUUGAUAGAAGAUUGUUACAUAAGUGUUGGGGACGAUGGUAUUGCAAUCAAAAGUGGGUGGGAUCAGUAUGGAAUUGCUUAUGCACGCCCGUCCACCAACAUUCUAAUACGCAAUGUCAUUGUGCGUUCUAUGAUAAGUGCAGGCGUAUCAAUCGGCAGUGAAAUGUCGGGUGGCGUCUCGAACGUCACAGUCGAGAAUCUGCUCGUGUGGAACUCCAAAAGGGGCAUCAGAAUCAAAACGAGCCCUGGCAGAGGUGGCCAUGUGGCACAAAUAACCUACCGUAACCUGACACUACAAAACGUGCGCGUGGGUAUAGUUAUAAAGACAGACUACAAUGAGCACCCGGAUGAGGGAUAUGACCCAAAUGCCCUUCCUAUUAUCGAGAACAUAAAUUUCGAUGGGGUUCGUGGACAGGGGGUUCGGAUCCCAGUCCGCAUAUAUGGCAGCCGGGAGAUCCCCGUGACGAACGUCACCUUCCGGAACAUGUUAGUCGGGAUAACUUACAAGAAGAAGCGGAUAUUCCAGUGUUCUCACGUGCAGGGGCGUGUGGUGGGGAGGAUUUUUCCAGCCCCGUGUGAGAAUCUUGAUGUGUAUGAUGAGGGAGGGCGUCUGAUCAGGCGGGCGACGUCUCAGGAUAGUACUGAUGUGGAUUAUGAUUAG